UACAACGACGAAACUCGCUUACGAAUGAUCACGGGACUGACGUAAUAUCGCCUAGGCCCCACUACUCGAUUCGAAGAUCGGAUCGAGGUUUCAAAGUCCCUGACGAGGAGCAAGCGCGCGCCAGUACGCUCCUUUCGUUACUGAAGACAGCGAGGAUGAAGACGUUACUUUCGGCUGUUUUCGCGGUGCUGUGCGUUCAGGCGGUGUUCGGCGUUGACCCUAACGAGCACAACAAAGUGGUUUGUUAUUGGAAUAGCACCGCUUAUGAGAGGCAAGGUCCAGCAAAGUUCCAACUUGAAGAUGUCGGAGCCGCUUUAUCUCUUUGCACUCACCUGAUCUACGGAUACGCUCACAUUAAUUCCGAUUUUGAGAUCGUUCCCGGUUCGCCGAGCUUAGAUACCGGAUCGGGCUAUUCCUAUUACAGACUGACCACGCAGUUGAAGCGAUCGUUCCCCAAUCUGAAGAUCUACCUGAGCGUCGGAGGAAACUCCGAUCCUUACGAUGAUGAACACAAAUACCUCGUGUUGACCGAGACUUCGGAAGGCAGAACGAAGUUCAUCAACUCCGUGAACAGGCUGCUGAACGACUACGAUUUCGACGGAAUCGAUCUGGCAUGGCAGUUCCCGCCAGUCAAACCCAAGAAACAUCGCGGCACUUUAAGUUCUCUCUGGCACGGUUUCAAGAAGAAGCUCGGCUACGGGAAAUUCCAGGACGAGAAGGAGCAAGAACAUCGCGAUGGUUUCACGAUUUUAGUCCGUGAUCUCAAGACGCAACUCAGAUCGAGACUAAAGGCCCUCACUGUCACGGUGUUGCCUCACGUUAACGCUACCACUUACUACGACCCGAGACUGUUGGCGCCCAACAUCGAAGCCGUGCAUCUUUUUGCCUUUGAUCAAAAAACACCGGAGCGCAACCCAAAGGAAGCCGACUUUACAGCACCAAUUUAUGCCAGUUAUGGACGCGUGGCGGAAGACAAUGUUGACGUUGCGACAAGUUGCGGACGUGCAUGUGAGGAGGCUGACAAUAUUGAUGACGCGGCAAGGUACUGGCUGGAGAACGGGACUCCCGGUAGCAAGAUCGUCGUCGGUAUCCCCACGUACGCUCGCACGUGGAAGUUGACGGCAGACAGCCAGAUUUCCGGCGUACCGCCCAUCGUGACCGAUGGUCCAGGUGCUCCCGGAACUAACACCAACGAACCGGGUCUACUGUCAUACGGCGAGAUGUGCUCCAGGCUGACCGAGCACGCGGCGGGACGACUGCAACGAGUCGGCGAUCCAUCCAAGAAGUACGGUAGCUACGCUUAUAAAGCUUACAACGGCGAAACUGGAGCGGAAGGAAUCUGGGCGGGUUACGAGGAUCCAGACACCGCCGGCAACAAGGCCACAUUUGUCAAAUCCAAGGGUCUCGGAGGCGUCGCCAUCGUGGAUCUGUCCCUAGACGAUUUCCGGGGCAUUUGCACCGGCGACAAGUACCCUCUUGUACGGGCAGCUAAAUACAAGCUGUAAAGAGUGGAGAUUUGAUCUAGAAUCGGUAAUUGAAAUUGUAAUUAAAAAAUUUAUCUAUCAAUAGUCGACUGAAGGAAGCGGAAAAAAUUAUUUUGGCUGCCGAUUCGCUUACGGCAGUCGUAUUUAUAUGCAUUGCUCUCGACGAGCAAACUAUCGAGACUUUUAAUGAGAGGAUUUUUAACGAGAGAAUUUUAAUGAGGACCGUAAUGCUCGCGAAUGUAUUGUACAUGUGAAUAAUAAAAAAAAUCUCCCUGCUUUAUUA